AUGGCAUCGCUCAACCUGUCCAUCAACGGCCCCUCCAUCAAGAGUAGCUACCAGGGGGUCGUCAACGGCCAGCUACCCAAGUCAGACUCCCCGACCUACGCCCAAUGGGCCUUGUUCACGGUCCAGGCUCCCCUACUCAACGCCUUCCAAGAUGGCGGCGCCAAGGAGAGCAUUCUCAAGGUCGAAACCAAAGGGGAGGGUGAGCUUGCCGACCUGAUCGAAGACUUCAGCGAGGGCCGGAUCCAAUUCGCAUUCGUAAAGGUCAAAGAUCCCAACACCGCCCUGCCAAAGAAUGUCCUCAUUGCUUGGUGCGGGGGCGGCGUCCCCGAACGAACGAAAGGCUACUUCACCAGCCACACAGCCGCCGUCGCCAAAAUCCUCCAUGGCUACCACGUCCAGAUUACCGCUCGUUCAGACAGCGAUCUCGAACCCGCCGCCAUUAUACAGAAGGUCUCGGAUGCUUCUGGCGCCAAGUACACCGCAGGUGGCUCCGCACCCAUGCCCUCGGCGGCGCCCCCUCCGGUCGCCAAGAAGCCCGUCUUCACCCCCACAACGAGCACCGGAGGCUCCGUGAACCCCCUCGUGGCCGCACGCAACCGAAGAGAUGACAAUGUCGACGAGGAUGGCUGGGGCGCCGAUGCGCCACCAGUGACGAGGACAAAGCUGGAAAAGGUGGACUCAGCCUACAAGCCUACCAAGGUGAACAUAGCAGACCUAGUUAAGAACCAGGAACCGGCCAGGUUCAAUGGCUCUAGCCGACAAGACGACGCGCCUAGUGAUGUCGUCAAGGGUGGAUACCAGCCCGUUGGAAAGGUUGACAUCGCUGCACUCCGAGCGCAAGCCAAAAACCAAGAAGAUCUCCGGCCGACUCCCGUCAAGGGCUCGUACGAGCCCGUGGGCAAGGUCGACAUUGCCGCCAUCAGGUCCCGCGCACAGAAACCCGCCGAGUCGGCUGAAGAAGAGGCACCCCGCCCCUCAGUCUCGGAACGAACAUCAGCCUUCAGCCAGCCAGCGCAGUCUGAACGCCUCACCACUCUACCAAAGCCCAAGGUUGCCAAGAAGUUUGGAGGAGCGAGCGCUUUCACCGGCACAAAAGCUCCCACUCCUGGUGGGCUGGGUUUCGGCGCACCUGCUGUCCCUGCGGCCGCUCCUGUCGGUGCUGCUAGUCGCACCUUCGCAGACCAGGGAGGCAAGACUCCAGCCCAGCUGUGGGCGGAGAAGAAGGCCCGAGAGAGAGGCGCUUCGGGCUCGGGCGCGGACCUGCCACCUCCAGCCACGUCCCCUGUGACUGCUCAGAAGAGCGGAGGCGAGUGGAAGAGUGGGUACAGUGGCAAAACCUGGGGUGCUGUCCAGACCGGAGCGUACGGCCGAGGCAUCCCCGGACAGAAGACAGGUGACACUGUGGGAUCGAACGAGCCGGAGCAACCCGCUUCUCCGUCUGGUGGUGUUUCUGCCCUCAAGGAUCGAUUCAAGGGAGCAGCACCUAUGGGCGCUGCUGCGCCCGCAAUCCCUCGGGCCGCUACGGGUGCCAGUGACAGCGCCCCGCCGCCGCCGCCCCCAGAGGCGAGCCGACCUUCGGGAGGAUUCGCGUUGCCAGGCCUGCCCUCGCGACCUGCGGCGGAUGAAGAGGAGGCUGAAGAGGAGCCGGAGCGGGAGACGUCGCCGAUCCGAGUCGCUGCCCCCGUCCCACGUGUUCCUGAGCCGGAGAUCGAACCAGCACCUCAGCAACUUCCAUCGCGCCCUAUACCUGUUCCCGAGGAAGUACCCCAAGAGCGGGAUCUACCCGAGGAGCAGCCCGCUCACGACCUGGCCCGUGGGGCGGCAACUGCUGUCGCGGAAGAGGCCUUUGGUCACGAUCAAGUACAAGAGACCCAAGCCGGCUCUUCCGGUGGCAAGCGCGCCAUCAUCGAGUACGACUACGAAAAGGCCGAGGAGAACGAACUCGAGCUCAGGGAAGGAGAAUAUGUGACAAACAUCGAUAUGGUCGAUGAUGACUGGUGGAUGGGUACGAACUCGAGGGGCGAGAGCGGCUUGUUCCCAAGCAACUACGUCACAUUGGUCGAAGACGAUGAUGCCACGGCUGGAGCUGGGCAGGCUGCCGCGCCUCCCCCGCCCCCCGCUGCUGCUGCCGCUCCGGCCGAGCCCCAACCCGCAGCGGGCGGAGGUGCCGUCGCAACGGCCCUCUUUGAUUACGAAGCAGCUGAGGACAAUGAAUUGAGCUUUGCGGAAGGUGACAAGAUCACAAACCUGGAGUUCCCAGACGACGACUGGUGGUUCGGUCACCUCGGGGCCAAGUCCGGGCUCUUCCCAGCCAACUAUGUCGAGCUUGAUGCUUAA